AGACAGCCAGUGAUACUUCCUUCAGAACAACGGGGCCCGUGAUUGAUGCAAGGAGAUUGGUCGUGACGAUGUGACGUAGUGGCAUGACGGGUGCUCUAUUACAUAAACUCAGUCUCCACGUGACGCAUUAAGACCCGAGGACGUUAGCAAGUAUUUGGAGUCAGGUAUACCGGCAACUGACGACAGUGACCGCCGAAAGAAGUAUUUGUCCCUGACAUUUUUCAACCGCUGGAGAAAUCUAAAUCCAGAUGCUUUAGAGCUAGCUGAUUGAAGACCGAGCUGUCAAUACAUCCCCUCACCUAACAUUCGGGUAUCGUCGAUGAUUACAUAUCCAACCGUCUCGAAAAGCUUCGGAGAUCACAAAUCAGAACCCUGAUAUCACGUAGCAGAUCCUGUAAAAGUAAUUCCAAAACACCAUCUUAUCUGCAAUGCUUUACAAUGACGCCUCAAGAAUCGUGUCCACAUCUGAAGACGUCUUGAGUGGAAACACACCGGAAGCCCAACCCAAGGGUCACGUGGACGUGCGAGAGAAGUGGGAAGCAGACGAUCUGUUCGACUCCACGUACGUCCUUCCCUCCAACUGUGAGUGGUGGCAGCACAUGGCGGAUCUCUCACAUGAUGAAAGCCACAGCGACUCUGACGUGAUGGAUCUGUACGCUGGGGAGUACUUCAACUAUUCCAGCCUGCGGGACGAUGUGGACACUGCAGAUGACGUCAACGAGGAUCGUGCUGUUCCCGAGCGUGUGUACCACCUGGACACGAGGUGGACAACAAUAUGGGGUCUGGACAUCAUCUGGGAGGACGAGAACGAAAAGAAAAUCUAGUCUCGUGGGAGACGUUACAGUGAGGUGUGCAUGGUCUGUACAUGGCAUCAUUGUAAUAAAGGUUCGU